UCAAGUCACUGCGGAGUUUCGUUUAGUUAGGGAACUAGCUGGAAAAAUUCUCGUGUAUCUGAAAUAACCAGUGACAGAGAGAUCUCGUCGGCGAGUAACAAGUGAAUCUAAUCAACACCUUCGAUUACUUCGUUAAUUCUGUUUCCAGGGAAAAGGAUCAUUUCGAACGUGCGAUCCGAGUUUCCAACUCGAAUCUUCUUAGGAAUUGUGAACGGUUCUCGCGAGAACACACGCUUAUCGUAGCUCGCGACAGAGCGAUCUCUUUCCCCUGGAAAAUCGAAGGAAACCUCGAGGAACGUAAAAACGGGAGAAUCAUGAGUCGUUGGGCUGGUAAAAACGCAAUGGUUACAGGCGCGUGUUCUGGAAUCGGAGCUGCGAUUACAGCCGAACUCUUGAGAAAAGGAGUGAACGUGAUCGGGUUAGACGUUGACGAAAAGGUGAUACAAUGGCUCCUUCCGAAACAAUCUGAGGCCAUUUAUUGCGGUGUGCGUUGCGACGUGAGCAACGAGACGGACUUGGAGAAUGCUUUUGCCUGUGCGGAGAACAUAUGCAACGGAGGUGUAGAUAUUAUGGUAAACAACGCCGGGGUUAUCGAGUACACGCGCGUAAUCGAGAGCGAGAGGAAGGCAUUCGAAAAGCUGUUAAAUAUUAAUGUCCUCGCGACCGCCGAGUGCAUCAAGCGGGCCGUGCAGUCGAUGCUCAAGCGAAACGUCGAAGGGCAUAUUUUCAAUAUCAACAGCGUGCUGGGACACGAAAUUCCGAGUGGAUUCCCUUCGGAAAUCGAUGGCAGCAAUGGCUGGAACCUGUACCCGACUUGCAAACACGGCACUGUUGCAUUAACGCACACGGUGAGGCGAGAAUUGGCCGCCAUUAAAGCACCGAUUCGGAUCACCAGCAUCAGUCCGGGCCUCGUGAACACCCGCAUAACUAAACACUCGCCGCAUGUGUCAGCCGCCUUGAAGGAUAUUCCAGCGUUGGAACCGGAAGACAUCGCCGAAGCUCUGAUGUACGCGCUCAAUACGCGAUCGCAAGUACAAAUUUCUGAGAUCACCGUUCAACGCAGAGGUGAAGCUUAACCUCCAACACGUUACUCGCUGGUUAGACGUGCACGUAAAAUGUACAUACAGAGUGUCUCGUUUGUAACGAGCAUCUAAAUUAUUUCUGCUGUCGUUGAAGGUAGGAAAAAAAGGAC